AUGUUGUCUACAGUGAAAGUUGUCGUGGCAAGUUUUGCUCUAGCCGGCGGCACUCUGGCUAAUACGUGCAAGUGUACUCCUUCGGAUACUUGCUGGCCGUCAUUGUCAGAAUGGGAAUCCUUCAAUCAGACCAUCUCCGGCAAACUCAUUCGCACCGUUCCGCUCGCCUCCGUCUGCUACAAGUCCGAGCCGAACUACAACGAAGACUCCUGCAAUACCGUUCUUUCCAACUGGACAACCUGGGCGCUCCACUCCUCGGACCCAGCCAGUGUGCCCUCCUCGCCUUCCCUGAAAGGUUGCGAGCCGAUCUAUCCCAACGGAACCAGCAUCAACGGGGAUCCUGAUGCCGGUAGCAAGGGCUGUUCUUUGGGUGCUCUGCCUCCUUACGUUGUCAAUGCAAGCGACUCUGGCGACAUUCAGAGGGCACUUGCGUUCGCAAAAGAUCGUAACCUCAGGCUGGCUAUCAAGAACACGGGGCACAAUGGCUCUGGCAGAAACCUAGGAGUCGGAAGCUUGUCGAUAUGGACGCACAACAUGAAGCAGACCCGAUUUCAUACGCAAUUUAAGUCUCCCUCCUGCCCCGCGAACUCUACGUGGAAAGGUAGCCAAAUGGCUAUCACUAUUGGAGCUGGUGUCCAAGACGGCGAGCUUUACGAUUUUGCACAGAAGAACAACGUGGUGGCCGUGGGCGGCACGAACAUGGACGUUGGUGUUGUCGGAUGGGCUACCGGAGGAGGACAUGGCCAUCUGACUGGAGAGUACGGCAUGGGCGCAGACAGCAUUCUCGAAGCCUCAGUCGUCAUCCCCAAUGGUGAUUUGGUCACAGUCAACGCGUACCAGAAUGAGGAAAUCUACUGGGCGAUUCGUGGAGGCGGAGGUGGCACCUUCGGCGUUAUCGUCAACAUGACAGUCAAGGCAUACCCUGUGCCAGAUAUUAUUCUGCUUGGCGUCAAUGUGUCCGCUAACAAUGAUACAUCAACUAAGAGUUGGUGGAAGUUCGUGGCAAAGCUGCACACUCUGCUCCCUGCACUUCAAGACCGAGGAAUCAAGGGUUACUACACCAUCGGAGGCCCCCCUUCGAGCGCGACAGUUGGCAUGGCCGGCUCACUCUUUGCUUGGAAUAUGUCAAACAACACUGUUUCAAAAGCAGUCGCUCCCAUUCGAGAACUCAUCUCGAAUUCGAGCGGUGUUGUGAGCGGCUCUGUUCAGGUCGUCCCGAUCCCAUCCUUCUACGGCCUUCUUACCGACAUCAAGAUUCCCGAUCACGCUGGGGGGUCUGGGAUUUCUGCCUCAAGACUCAUCAGUCGGAAGGUUGUCACCGAAAACGAAGAUCUACUCGCCGAGGUUUUGGAACAGGUUGGCCCUCAGGCCCUCGCGCCAACACUAACCAUCACUAUGAAGGACGGAAGCCCAAAUCCUUCCAUGUCUGGAACCAUGACGAUCAGUCAGGUUCCCGUCGACAAUGCGCUGAAUCCUGCGUGGCGCGAUUCUGUGGUCCAUCUCAUCACUUCUCAAUCAUGGACGGACUCCACGCCAAACACCACUGUGUCUACGCUGGUCAACGAGAUGACAUACAACAAGUUGAACAUUCUGCGAGAGCUGAAUCCGGAAACGGGGACCUAUCUGAACGAGGCAAACGCAAUUGAGCCUGGUUGGCAAUGGUCUUUCUUCGGACCCAAUUAUGGACGGCUUCGUAGUAUCAAGGAGAAGUACGACCCUGAGGGGCUUUUGUGGUGCCCGCAGUGUGUUGGGAGCGAGGAGUGGUUAGAGAGCGAGGACGGUAAUCUCUGCAGAGCUUCGAAGCCGUUCUAG